AUGGUCGCGCUCUCGUCCGUCUUCGCUGCCCUCACGUCCAUCGCCGCCGGCCUGUACUUCACUGGUCGCUGGCCUGGCGCUGGCCCCGCCCUCCAGGCCGCCGACGACGUCGAGCGCUUCAGCUGCCGCCCCUUCCUCCCCAAGCUCUUCGUCGACACCCCGCCGCCCGCCGACCACCCGCUCAUCAGGAGAGCAGCCGAGCGUGCGGGCGACUUCUUCUCCACGCGGUUCGCCCAGGGCGACAUAGACAGCCUCUCGAUCGCCGUGGUCACGUCCGACGGCCCUGUGUUCGAGCAGAACUACGGCGUCAUCCGGGGAAACGAGUCCGCCACUUCCCCGCUCACCACCAGCCAUGCCUCCUACCGCGUCGCAUCCGUGGCAAAGCUGUUUGCCGUGCUGGAGGGUCAUAUCCUGGCAGAGCGGGGCGUUCUCUCGUGGGACGACCCCGUGGAGAAGUUCUUCCCGGACUUCAAGUAUCGCCUGGACGGCGUCAAACCGACAAAUAAAGACGCCACAGGAGAGAACAUGGCCGUCACUCUCUUCGACCUCGCGAGCCAUAUGUCCGGCAUGGGCAGGGACUGGCCUCCGGGCACUGUCCACAACUGGCCAAAGGACAUGAUGGGCGGAGGCCCGCCCCCCACGAACGGCCUACCGUUCCCUGACCAUGCGUCCCUGUUCCGCGCAAUCGAAAGGUACCGGCUCACCUCACCACCGUGGUCGUAUCCCGCGUAUUCCAACACCGCUACUGGUCUGCUCGGCAUUGCGCUCGUCGCUGCCAACCGCGCUGCGAGCAAGCACCCGGAGCAGGAGCCAGCCGAAUAUGCGGAGCUCCUGCAGAGAGACAUCUUCGGCCCUCUUGGCAUGAACGGCAGCCACUUCCUGACGACGGACGCGAACAAACACCAGGUGGUCGUGCCUUCACUUGGGCCAGAGGUCGCGGACCAAGACUUCCUCGAUGCCAUGAAUCCAGCGGGAGGCCAGUUCUCGUCCCUGUCUGACUGCAUCAAGAUCACGCGGGGACUGCUGAAUCCUGUGUCGCCCGAGAGCCUGAUCUCACGGCGCUCCAUGGACCGGUGGCUGCAGCCCGUGCACUCAUUCGACGAGGAUGACUGGACCGAGAUCGGCUUCAUUUGGGAGAUCAUUAAGGCGCGAGACUCGAAUGGCCGGCCCCGUAAGAUUUAUUGGAAGCUCGGGGCCAUGGCGGGGUACCAUGCGGCGAUCGCGAUACACCCGGGUGCCUCGUAUGGGGUCGUGGUGCUUCUUGGAGGACACUACCCGGAUGCUGCCAGACUCGCUUACGACGCCUUCGAGCUGUUCCAGCCGGCCAUGGACGAGGUGCUUGCCGAGUACUCCCAGGAUCUCUAUGCGGGAUUCUGGUCGAGCGAGGAUGGGCUCAGCAAUGCGACGAUCGCCGUGGAGAAAGGAACACUGUACAUGGAGCGCAUGUUCCUCAACGACACAGACAUCCUCCCAAAGUUCUACGCGCCCGGCCGCCUUCCCUUGCGCUCGUCGGAGCGGCGCGAUGAGUUCAGGCUGGACACGGGGAUCCCGGGGUACAACGGGAAGGUCCACAUGGGGUGCUACCCGUACUGGAACGGGCAGGAUCUCUGGGGCCUGCGCAACGACGCGCCGCUUAACCUGCUCUACUUUGACGGCGCUGGCAGUGCGCGCGCCAUGCACGUUCCGUCAGCCGACGUCGUCAUGCGCCGCUGA